AUGGAGAAGAAUGGCACCAUGGUGACGGAAUUCAUUCUGCUGGGGUUCCAGCUGCCGGCAGAGCUGCAGAUGGGUCUCUUCCUUGUGUUUCUGGUCCUUUAUUUCAUUACCUUGGUGGGCAACCUGGGCAUGAUCGUGUUGAUUCAGAGAGACCCUCGUCUCCAAACCCCCAUGUACUUCUUCCUCUGCCAUCUUUCCUUCUUGGAUAUUUGCUAUUCCUCUGUCAUUGUCCCUCAGUUUCUUGAAACCUUGGGUACCGAUAAGAUGGCCAUCACCUAUGAGUGCUGUGCCACUCAGUUCUUCUUCUUUACCCUCUGUGCUAGCACUGAAUGUUUCCUUUUGGCUGUGAUGGCCUAUGACCGCUAUGUGGCGGUGUGUAACCCCCUCCUCUAUGCCACUGCCAUGACACCACAGACUUGCCUGGGGCUGGUGACUGGGGCAUAUGCUGGUGCCAUGGUCAAUGCUGUGAUCCGCACUGGGUGUACCUUCUCUAUCUCUUUCUGCUAUUCUGAAGAUUCGUACAGCAGGUGGCAAAGCCAAGACUUUCUCCACCUGUGCUUCUCACAUGACCGCAGUAGCUCUUUUCUUUGGGACACUCAUAUUCAUAUACCUGAAAGCUUGAGAAACAAGGAAGUGAAGGAGGCUCUGAAGAAAGCUUUCAAUGGGAUGAAGGUUUCCCAAGCAGACUAAGACUUGAGCUCCAUCAGUUCAAAGUUCCAGCAAGUCACCUGUCAGGGCAAUGUACAGAGGACUCACUUAGUUUUCUCCACCAAGACAUGGCUACGAACAAGGAGGAAGAGCAGGAGCUGCCAGUAUCAGUUACACAGUGAAAAUGACCAUGGUUCCCAGUGACCUGCUCUGCAAAGGAACACAGAAGCUUUCACCACUGAAGAAACCAACAGCCAGCAUAGUUGUGGACCCCAUCCAGAUUUCACUGGUUUUCACCCCAUGGAUUUCUGUGUGUGCAGAUGCCAGCCACCUGAGUCCCUCCCACUUCUUUACCACUGUCCCCUCUGUACCAGCGGCCAGCCCAGGUCUCUGUGGCUGUGUGAGUGCAAAAUUCCAGCUUAGACUCCCACAGCUGAACUUCACUGCCUUGUGUGCACUCAAGGCUAGCCUUUCCACCUGUGCACUGACAUGCUUAGAACCUGACUCUUGUCAGCAGCCUUCACUAUUGUGCAUAUGUCUAUGGAAAGCCCUGUAGCCCUGAGGGUGCAUGAUGACAGCCAAGGCCUUUUGGCACCAGCAGCAAAGGCAACAAACAAAAAUCAACAAGUGAGCCUACAUCAGACUAAAAAGCUUCUGCACAACAAAAGAAAUGAUCAGUAAAAUGAAAAGGCAACCUAUGAGUGGGAGAAAAUAUGGGCAAACUAUGUGUCUGAUAAGGGAUUAGUAUCUAAAAUAUAUAAAGAACUCAUACAACUCAAUAGCAAUAAAACAAACAAAUUAAAAAUGCGUAGAGGACCUGAAUAGGUAUUUUCCCAAAGAAAACAUACAAACGGAUAACAGGUACAUGAAAACGGAUACAUAGUGAUACUCAGCAUUGCUAAUCAUAGGGAAAUGCAAAUAAAAACCAUCAUGAGUCACUGCUUCACAUUUGUUAGAAUGGCUACUCUCAAAAAGGCAAGAACUAACAAACAUUGGUAAGAAUGUGGAGAAAAGAGAACUCUUGUGCACCGUUGGUGGGAAUAUAAAUAGGUGUAACCACAAUGGAAAACAGUAGGGAGGUUCCCAAAAGAUUACAAAUAGGACUAUCAUGUGAACGAGCAAUCCCACU